UGAUGGAAUACUAAUUGGAAUUGGCAAAUAAAACUAUAGAAGAAUUAAAGUAAAAACUAUUAGCUGCUGAAUAACAGAUUGUUUCAUAAGAAACAGAUAAGAUUUCAAAGAUAGAGUUAUAAGAGAAACAAAUUGAAAGAAUGAGUGAUGAAAUAGCUUAAUUGUACAGAAAAUUAGAGUCUUAAGAACAUGAAUUAAGAAUAAAGGUUUAAUUUUAACUUAGUUAAAGGAUGAUUAAUAUUAUAAAUGUGGAGCCUAUAUUGAAAGAUUGGAGUAAUAGUUAAGAGAAGCAUAUUAUUAAAUUGAUGAUCAAAAUGACUAUCUUAAAUAAAUAGAAUAACGAAUAGAUCCUUUAAAUUUAGAAAAUAUAAACCUUAUUAAGCAAAAUAAAAGCCUAUAAUAAGAGUUAGAAUAUUAUAAGAGAUCUGUAUAAAGUUAAAUAAAUAAAAUGAAAGCAGAAUAUGAAAUGAAGAUUAUUGAGUAAUAGGAUAAAUUGAUUUAAAUGACAAGGACUCCAAAUAAGGAGAAUAUUGCUAUAUCAUAAAAUACUUCAUUUAUUGAUUAUGGGAAAGAAAGUAGAGCUAGCAGAUAAUCAAACUAAGAUUAAUUAUUUGAAUUACAAUCAGAAUUGAACAAAAACAUAAAACUACUAAAUUCUAAACUUAAACAAUAUAAAUGA